UUUAAAGAAUCUCCUCCCGUUACAAAAAAUUUAAAGAUGUCUUGCUUUGGAACAACAGCUUCUUGCAAGAACUUUUUCUCUGCAAUCUUCAAAAAAGUGAAAGCACCUUUUCUAAAUUUAAGGAGAAGGUUUAGAAAAAAUAAUGAAGGACCAUCUACUGAAUCUUCUAUGGCAACGACAGAUUCAAGUGAAAGUCAAGAUGAGAUCCUUUCAGAUUACUCAUCAGGGGUCUACAAAAAUGAAACUUGGGGACAAGUUGAGAUUUCAACUUCUACAGUUUGUAAAUUCAGCAACUGUUUUGAGAACUGUUGGCUGAAUUCCACAUUUCAAGCUGCAUUAAAUAUUAACAUAAUUAGACAUAAAAUUUUCCAAAUGUCAAGAAAAGCCAAGGUGAGUUCCUCUGAAAUACCUUUAAGCACCGAAAUGUUCCUGACAGCGCUUAAAAAGCCAGGCAUGAGGUUUAAUAGCUCGGAUAUGCUGCCAGUUUUAGAAGAGUUAAGUAAAUUCAAGCCAGAACUAAGACUAAUGAGUCCAAACGAUCCAGCUGACUUUGCGGAACCAUUUCUGGAAUGGCUCAAUGCUUGUGGGAUUAAAACAAAACUACAGAUAAAGUGCAAAACCACAUGCGUCACAUGCAAGGUGAGAGAAAGAACGGUUUUCAACCAAGACAAUUUGUUCUUCAUAGCACAACCUUCAGCUCGAAAAGUCAGCCUCACUUCACUUUUUAUUGAAGCAGUCAAAAGUGUCUGUGGAAAUAAAAAAUGCAGUACAUGCUCAGCAAAUGUAAAUAGACAAAUAUCGUUUGGAAACGUUGAUUUGAUAACUCUCUAUCUGCCCAGAUAUGCUGAUGCGGAUAAAGAAAGAAGAUAUGUGACACCACCUGCUGUCAUUGAAAUUCCUGUCUAUAAUGGGAAAUAUAAAUACCGCUUGGCCACGGUGAUUUGUCACAAAAGACAGGUGGAUCAGAGUGCUCAUUACUUGACAUAUAUUAGCAAUGGGGAAGUAUUUAUCAAAGCCAAUGAUGAAAAAAUAUCCAUUGCAA